UGUGCCGUUCAACGGACUCGAGUUAAACCGGACGAGAAGAGUAUGAGAGGUGCCGCGGCAGCACCUCAUCAACCAACACCGGCUCCCACAUCGCAAUUGCAGCAUCAGUCUUCACAGUGCGUGCCAAUCGGCUACUAUGUCAUGCAAACGGGCAGUGACAGUUCCGGAACGCGUACGAACGACAGCAAUUGCGCGGCCAACUCGCCGGUGACGCAUUACACCAGCGAUCAGAAGAGCGACGAUUCGUUGCAACAUCAGCAGCAGGUUCGCGGAUCGCACACGACGGGAUAUUUCUUGCCGACGGCCAUAACCGGAGCUAGUUACGGACAUCAAUUUCAGCCGCGCCAGUACGAAGUUGCGUACAAAAACGCGGACGAGACGGCGGCUAUGGUCGCCGCCAUACACAAGUACUCAUAUCAACAUCCUCAUCCUCAUUACACGCAGGAAUGUAUCUCGGACACGACAAAGCUUGUCGAAAAGAAUUUUUGUUACAACGAACGGACAAACCCCCAGCUCCUCAACUGCCCGAAACCGCUUUUGUCUUACGACGGUUAUCCGAACGAUUCCGAGUUCGUGCACAACAAGAAGAACAUCACUAUCAACGGACAGCAGCCGAGUCUAUCGUGCGUGACUCAAUCGUCGCAAAAUCUGUACUCGCCGGGUGCUUGCAGCGUCGAAGACGUUGCCGGUCCCGACUCCAUGCAGUCGUCGUCGGUUCAGGCCCAGAGCUCGGUUGUGUCUUACGCUCAGGCGGAGACGAUCGAGUGCAAACCCGAGAUGAGCAAUUACAAGUCCGAUGACAAUCUGUUAAGAUCUUACUUCGCCGGCAAACUCGAUCUCGUAAAGCACUCGGAGGCGUCGUCGUCGUCGACGACGGUGAGUUACGGCGAGACGCCGAGCGAGAGGCACAACAAGCACAGAAAGAAGAAGAGAACCAACGAUUACGUCGAAUCUGACGGGAACGAAGCGACGACGACGAAGCACGUGAAGGUACGAAGGAAAAGUUGCACGAGCGAGGCGGACAUGGUCAGUCAGAGAGCGAUGGCGAAUGUGCGAGAAAGACAGCGAACUCAAAGUCUCAACGAAGCGUUCGCCGCUUUGAGAAAAAUCAUCCCUACCUUGCCAAGUGACAAAUUAUCGAAAAUACAGACUUUAAAACUAGCCACGAGAUACAUCGAUUUUCUGUUCCACGUAUUGAAGUCCAGUAUCGAAGGCGACAAUUUAAAUCUCGAUUCAGAGAGAGGCCCCCGGAACGCGAUCUUAGCCGCGAGAGAAAUCGCGGCGUUACCUUGCAACUACAUGGCGCACGAAAAACUGUCGUACGCGUUUAGCGUGUGGCGAAUGGAAGGCGAAUGGACCGCAAAUCAGGAUUCCUAGCACUUAGAAUAAUAGAAUCGAAAGUUUUUUUGAAGGUAAGAGGAAAGAUCGCGCGAAAGAUCGAGAAAGAAACGCGAACAAACACGUAAGUUUGCUCGUAUAUUGAAAAAAAAAUGUGAUAAAUUUCUAACCGAGAGCAUCACAGAUUACAGGAUGCAAAGAAUGAAAAUGAUCAGGAUCUCAGCGCGAUUGUUACGCAAUUGUCUUUCGGCAAAACCAUAUACAGCAGAAACCUCAAGAGUUUGUUUAAUUUAAAUACGGAAAUGCACGUUAUUACUAUAUUGUAUUUACAAAGCAGAAAUUUAAAGGAUGAUUAGGGAAUAAUCGUACGUAUAAAGAGAUAUACGGGUGAUAACGAUCACUCAUCAGAGUGCGACGCCUAAGUUAUCCAAGAUUGAAAAGCGAAGAUUAUUCCCCAACACAACACGUGUGUAUGUUCAAUUACACACAUGCAGCAUUUUUUUUUUUCCCGGUUAACGCUCCGUCAAUAUUAUUUUUUUCUCUCAAACACAAUCAUCAGAUUUAUUUUUUCACGGCUGUGAAUUUUAAGGCUUAAAUAGAACGCCGAAGUGCGAAUUAUUGUGCGUAGCAUUGCGUGAAUGCUCUUGACAAUUAGUACUUAGAUAUGUUGCGAGUAACUUGUCUUAUACGAGUAUUGCUCACAAACAUUCGAUUUAUUAAACAAUUUAUUAUAACAUAAAAACAAAUUCCACAUACAGCUAGAAUUGUACGCCAAAGAAAAUUUUAUACUAUCAGUAGAUAUA